AUGAGCCCUGCCGCAGCAAUUGGCAGUGCAGUCGUCACGGAAACAUUUUUCAAAAAGAACAGGGCUCUAUACAUGGGAUUGUGGACCCUCAUGGUAACACUUGGUGUUCCCUUUGCCCCUCUCAUCAUGGGCUUUGUGUCUGAACGUGUUGACUAUCGUUGGAUCUACUGGAUUCUUGCAAUUGCCAAUGGAGUCCAGUUGAUAGCUUAUCUCUUGUUCGGGCCUGAAACUCGUUAUAUCCCCGGCAAGGUCGUUCAGAACAAAUCGUCCUUCAGAAGACAAUAUCUACACUUUGAACGCAUUGACCCUCGCCCACUCACCAUUCACGACUUCCUUCACCCUCUGACUCUAUCGCGGAAAGUCUGCGUGGCGCUCCCAGGCCUGGCCCAUGCCGUAACAUUCAUGUUCGGCAAUACACUUGUCGUCGUGGAGCUGCCGGCGCUCUUCGGUGAAAAGUUUGGCUUCAACUCGGAACAACUUGGACUUCAAUUCAUCGGACUUAUCGUGGGAUCUGUGCUUGGUGAGCAGAUCGGUGGGCGCUUUAGCGACUUCUGGAUGAGGCGAAGAUCGUGGAAAUUGGGUACAAACGCUGCACCGGAACACCGGCUGUGGAUCGCCCACCUGGGAUUUGUCCUUGCAAUCGUUGGUCUGGUUGUAUUCCUGGUAAGGACAGAACAGGCAUCGGCAGGUCAUUGGAAUGUUUUGCCAGUGAUUGGAAUCGCUAUUGCGGGGGCUGGCAAUCAGAUAGUUACAACGGUUCUCAUCACAUAUGCGAUCGACUGUUACCCGGAGGAGUCUGCGAGCAUUGGGGUUAUCAUCACUUUGAUCCGCCAGAUUUUGGCGUUUGUGGGCCCAUUCUGGUUUACUCCAAUGUUCAGUAACGUUGGCGUUGCCCCGUGCAGUGGCAUUGUAGCUGGCUUGAUUGUUGCACUGAGCAUCGUUCCCAUUGGAGUUUUACAAUGGCAGGGUUCUAAAUGGCGAGAAGGGAAGAUUGCCUACACGAUUGAUCAGGAGUCAGGUAGCUGA